CAUGCCGCACGAUGAGGUUGCAUGCAGCUGGACGUUGCCGACACGAACCCGCCAGACUUGUUGGACCAGUCGCAUGCGCCAUGAACCACGGCGAAGUCUCCGGAACUUUCCGUCCGACGCACCUACAUCGUCGAGUUCAAAUGGCUGGCACGGUGCCGUGCCCAAUCAAAUGGCCGGCCUCGAGUAAACAUACCAUCACAAACCACAUUGCGCAGCAACGCAACGACGACGAAUGCGCUUCCUUGUCGUCGUUGCGAUGGCCGCCGCGACUGCCGCCGGCAUGACGUUCACGCUCGUGUCAUGCUCUCCCACAACGACAAUCCCGGUCAACGUCCGGCCGUCGUCCGUGGCGUGCCUGCAAUCGCCCAACGGCACGGUCCACCUGAUCGUGGCGAAUGGAACGCACCUCGACUUGAGCAACCAAAACAUCACGGGGGUGUCGGCCGCGCCGCGGGACGUCACGUCCAUCGACUUGUCGUCCAACAACCUGGGCUACGUGUCACUUGGCGACUCGGUGCUCGAGACCAUCAACUUAUCGGACAGCCAAAUCGCAUCGCUCACGUCGGUCAUGCUACCCGCGACAGUCGAGACCUUGGACGUCAGCCGCAACGCCAUCACCGAGUUCAGCGUCAAUUGGGCGAUUCUACCCAAGCUCGCGUCCAUCAACGUGAGCUCGAACCUCCUCGCGCGCAUCAACAAGCCCAUCUUCCCGCCGUCCCUUCACACCCUCGACCUCUCCAAGAACUUGUUGUACGCGGUUGACCUGAGCGUCGCCACGUACACACAGCUGUCGUCGGCCACCGUCACGUACGCACUGGAACCGCAGAUGGCGCGAGUGCUCGCUUCCAAUUGCCGGGACAUUGGGGAGCUUCGUCGCCUCGGGCCAAGCGUCACGGGGCUCGUCUGUGUGUUUGACGGGGAUCGCCGCGACAUGCAAAACGACAUGUUUGUGGCCCUUCGUCGGCUAACUAUAUUGUCGCUCCUCCUCUCGGGGGCGCUCAUUCUCGGGUAUGCCGCGCUGCACUGGCACCGCAGCAGGAGGGCCAACGACGACGACGACGACUUGGCAAUGAGGGGCCGCGAGACGUUGACGAGCUCGGCGUGCGAGGCAUACGACCACCUACCAAUUCAGUACCGACAAUCGCUAACCCCCGUCGCCGCCCCGCAGCCCGCGACCCCUACCCAUCCGCCCCGAACCAACUGAUGGCGCGAAAGGAGUGCGGUCCCGAAUCAUUUCAUGCCUUUCUUUGGUUCACGUUGAGUCCUUGCCCCUUUAAAUAAACUCAUCACCAUUGCCUUCACUUCAC